GGAGCGCGUGCUCUGUUGACAAUGACUUUGGUUUUCACAGACUUCUCCUUUCUGCCAACUCUUGAAGGACAGACGAUUCCUACUCAGUCAAGCACUAUUCUUCAUGACUGAAAUUUGAUAGAAAAGACUGAACUCUUAAGCUUUCGAUAUUUUCGUUAAAAAAAAGAUUUAGAAAUGUAUCUAUCAAGGAAAAGAAAACAUCUAAAUAUAAAAUGUGUUGUUGUUUAAUCAGGGAUUCCUAGAGUACCUUUGAUGAAAUGUUUUGAAAAAGGCUCACGUUUUAGGUUUCUUAAUGGAUUUAUUAUAUCACCAUUUAAAAUAUAUACAAUUUACCAUCAGCAUUUUUAUUGCCUAUAUACAAUAUUAGAGAGUAAAUGCUAAAACAUCAUGGAUAGAAUCGAAGAAUUUGUAAUAAGUCCACUCUCAAAUGAAAGCCAGGCCUCGUUCAACAUUACUCUUGAUGUCACCGACAACUCGACACAUGGAGAGCUGACAACACCCACCAUACCCAUGGUGGUCAAAGCAAUGGACCACUACGGGGUGCCGGUCAUAUGCGUUCUGGGGAUCAUAGGGGACGUGACGUCACUCUUGGUUUUCGUCUGCACUUCCUACCGCUACCAGCCUUGCAGUCAAUACCUGGCCGCCCUGGCCCUGGUGGACACUCUGUUCCUCGUAUCGACCCUUCUUCUGAGCUUCAUGGCGCUGUUCCCCGUUAUAAGCACGCUACCUUACUACUGCUCCAUGGUCGUGUACAUGUCCUACAUUGGCAGCUUCCUCUCCGCCUGGUACGUGGUCCUGAUGAUGACGGAGCGGAGCAUUGUCGUGUGCUUCCCCUUCAAGGCGUCCUUUUUGUGUAACAGGAAAAAGUCUUUUAUCGUCAUCUCCAUGACCACUCUGUUCGCCCUAAUCCUCUACUCUCACAGCUUCUUCACCACCAUCACUGCGCACCCCAGGUGUGAGGUGAACUAUUCAUACUACGAGUUUCUCAGCUACUUCACGUACGUCGACACGUUCCUGGUGUUCGUGGUGCCUUUCUUCAGCGUAGUCGGCCUCAACCUUAAGAUCAUUCUGACGAUUCGCAAGUUCCGCAGGCACCACGGCCACUUCAACCACAGCGUCAGGAUGCUGCGGCGUAACAACAGCGCUGAGAACACGCUGACUUUGGCGCAGGUGAGGAGCACCAAACUGCUGGUCUGGGUCUCCAGUGUUUUCAUCCUCUUGUACAUGCCCAGUUACGUGGCCAGGCUCUGUGGCAUACUGCUGGCCAAAAUCUACGGAGAAAACUACACCAAUACCACAAACAGCCACUUUUAUGUGGCCCAGAGCGUGUGCCAAUUGCUCUACUAUUUAAAAUUCUGUAUUGAUUUCGUCGUUUACAUCAUAACCAGCAAUAACUUUAGAAGAAAUUUCACCAAAUGUCUCACCAGCACAGAAGCAACAGAAAAAGGCUUCAGAUACCGUUACAGAAGUUAACUACUUUUCUACCAAGUGCUUUGUUUAAAGGGCUGCCUGUUCACCAAUUUUACCUUUCUCCGCAUUAUUUGGAAAACUAUUGUGUCCAAAAAAAAUGGUAAAAGCAAAUCAUUUACUUCAAUAAAAAAAAAACUAACAUUUUACGAAGAAAAGAAAAUCAUUAACGAUACGAGAUAUUAAUAUUUAUUUUGUUGAGAUGGAACUUCUGACCAGAAAACUUUGCUGUUAUUUUAACCAUAAGUGUCUUUGUCUUGUUAUAUUUAAAACAUUUUCUGAAAAGCUCUGUAAUAUAUUUUUCUUUGUUUCCUCAUCCUACUUUACAAAACUUCCAGUGUUCCUAUCUCGAUGGUAUGAAUACAUUGUUUUGGAAGAAUCCUAUUUUGUAAAUGGUUUAAUGAAGA